AUGAAAAAGCAUAAUAGUGAAAAUUUUUAGGAUUACUGUGUUUUCUAUAAGGAUAAGGAACUUCCUGCCAUUCAUAAGACGGAUAAAUUUAUGAAGGCCUUGAUUUUGGAUUCAAUCAAGGAUUAAGAGCAUCCACUCAAUCAAUUAAUUGAAAAAAAAUAAACUUUUGUGCCAUUUAUUAAUGAAAGAGAUAGUAUGGGAAGAUUGAUUUCGAGUGAAUCUUAUCACAGAAAAAGAAAAAGUGAGGCUUCAAGUCUGUUCAACUCUCCCAAAAAUAGUCACGUUUUCAUAAGUAAGAACUCCAUAUCGAAUACUUGUAGCAUUUAUGAAAAUUAACUACCUGCUGCAAAAUUAAAAUUAAAAAAUCUUUUAGGAAGCACUCCUGAAAAUACUGAAUUAUUUUAAUCCACUUUAUUGGGAAGUCAAUGCGAAUUUAAAUAAUCAUUUUAGUUUAAUUCAAAACGCCCUUAGUAUACAUUAAGAACCCACAAAAAAAAUAAUAGUUUACAAAACAAGCUCCCCUUAUUUGUUAAGGAGCAAAGCAAUAAGGAAUUUAAAUUCUUCAAACAACCUACAACACCAUAAGCCACUAGAUUUUAUAAAAGUAGCUUUGUUAUUGAGAUGUUCAAUCAAAACAAGUAACCACAAUUGUUAUUUAUCUUAGAAUUGCUGAAAAUAAACUGUAAUACAUAUUGCUGAUGGAGAAAGUGUAAAAGUUGUAAACCGAAUUGCUAAAAAAUUUAUCAGUCAACGAAAGAAGGAGAACAUUCGUUAAAUUGGAUGGAAACAGAAGAGUCAAACUCAGUGUAUUAUUGCUUCUCUCCAGACAAUGCAUUCAAUAUCAGAUGUUAUAAUGA